AUGGUUUUAAAACUCACUCAUUAUCUAUUAUCUGAUUUCUACAAAUUUCAGAAGGGUCAGCUAAACGAUUACAUGUAUCAGGCACUAAUGAGCGACCGUCAUGAUUUCGUCAAGUUAUUUCUGGAGCAGGGCUUCAGUUUGGAAGAAUUCCUCACCGUAUAUAUGUUAGAAAAGUUGUACACAGAUCAACUGAAAAAUAUGCAAAGUUCUAAAGUGGCUCUUCGUGAUGUUGGAAAAGUUAUCAAAGCCUUAGUGGGGGACUUUUACCACCCUCUAUACCUAAGCAAAGAAUUCCAAGCAAAGUUAAUGCCAGAGAAACGCCCUGAAGUCACCGACGUGAUGACACAGCUAAUUCAACGGUCGCGGCAUACUGCAAGACGACUAGCGGCCAGCGCAGAAGCCGAUUACGAGGAUAACGACUUAGAGAAAAGAGGUCUCACUUCACGGUCUUCAUCACAGGACCAAUACUUGACACGCGGAAUACCCAGGAGCUACACCACCAUUACCACAGUGAGUUGCGAUCCCGCCUCCCCCUCUCAUAGACCGAUCACUGCGGCUAUUGGUGGACAGGAUCGGUCACCAGGACAUGCUCCAAGAGAACGCGACCAUCACCAUUCAUCAACCAAACAUGAGAAUGAAAGAACUCGACACAACGCACACCAUCGAAAAGGACGGUCCACCAGCCACGGCCGAGGGUACCAGAAUGGCAUAAGACACGCAAGACGAAGACCGUCGUUGGAUAAUAUGCAAGAUAUUCCGAUUCCCGGUCAACCUUUGGUGUACACUCCCAUUGUCACAACGAUAGGAUACCAGAGUAAAAAUUUCCAGUCUGCCGCUUAUACCAGCAUUGGUCCUGGGAGAUUCCGCAUGACAGGCAGGGCUCCUUUGGCAUAUGAUGCAUCUGUGGAGGAUUACAGUGUAGUGGUUCCAUUGAAUCAGAGCAUAGUGGACUCAUUCUAUGCUCCUUCGCAAGACCUGGAUGAAGGCCGUCCUGUCCAAGGAGAUGCAGCAAUACAGCGCCAACCCAAUUUAUCAUCCCUGUCCAUGGAAUUCGCUGGGGAAGCACCAUUUGCUAGUGGAGAGUCUUCUGCUUGUUGGGCGCGAUUGGCAGAAUUUUGUAUUCGCAUAUUCAGACGUAAACGAUCCAAACCGCAGGAAUUACCUGGAACAAAUAUGGCUUCAAAGGCUGGAAUGGGCUUCAAAGGACAAAAGGAGUUUGCCACUUUACGCGCAAUGGCAGCGCUGGCCGCAGCCACUGCCGCAACUGCUGUAACAGAUACGAGCAAGGCUCCUCAAAACGACCUACAUGGAUCACAAGAACCAGGUAGUACUGUGGUUGUAAUAACCAUUUUAACGAACUGA